AUGGUUAGGUCUUGGUUACUGGCCACCAUGAAACCUGAAAUUGCAAGCAUUCUUGUGUGCAUGCAGUCUACCAAGAGACUUUGGGAAGAAAUAGUUGAGAGGCAUGGACAGACAAAUGCACCUCAACUGUUUGCUCUCAAGAAGGAACUUUCUGAGUUUCAACAGAACAAUUUGUCAGUAGGUGAAUACUACUGUAAGUUGAAGGAGCUUUGGGAUCAGAUUGCUGAGUUGGAAGAGAUUCCUGAAUGCGCAUGUGGUGCAAUGGCAAAAUGUGUAUGCAGUGUGAUGAAAAGAAUGGUGGAGAUUGAGAGUAACAACAGGUUGAUGAAAUUUCUGAUGAGUUUAAACACAGGAUAUGACCAAAUGAAAACAAACUUCUUGGGGAUGGACCCUUUGUUGCCAGUCAACAAAGUAUACAACUUGGUGCUCCAAGUUGAGAAACAGAAGCAGAUAACUGGUGAGAUAAGCCUUGGAAAUGAGAUGAGUGCAAUGGCUGCAAACAGACAACCCCAAAGCUUGGGACCUCUCCUGAAUUUCAACAAGAAGGAGUACAAGAAGAUGAGAAUAGAGAAGAUUGAAAAGGAUGCCAAAAGGUGUGAGCACUGUGGAAUGAAAGGUCACUUGAGGGAGGAAUGUUUCAAGCUUGUGGGAUACCCAGAAUGGUUUAAGAACAACCCCAAAGGAAAGGGAAGUAUGAGGCAAGCAGCAAAUGUCACAAAGAACUCAGAAAACUAUGCUGCUGAUGAACCACUGAGCUUUGUUGAACACAAGACUGAGAGCAGUGGUGAGAAACUCACAACUCUACUCCAAGAGAUGCUGAAGGCCAUGGGUGAGAAACAGAAUGCAGGAUCAAGCAGCCAAAGCAACUUUGCAGGGCCUCUCCACUGAACAGAAUCUGAAGUUUGGGAAGAAUGUGAAUGAUCUUUACACACUGAUUAGUAGGAAUGAAGAAGAUGAGAGUAGAAGGGAGAAACAGAAAGGAAAGAAGGUGUUAGCAGCUGCAGGAGAGAAGAGAUGUCAAGAAGGA